AGAAAAACGAAAGAGUCAACACGAGUAUUCCAUGGAUGAAAUGAAGAAUCAACGAUGAAAUAUAAAGAUUCUUCUUUCCUCAGUGUUCUUGCUUUUUUUUCUUCGCUGAAAAUACAUUACUGAACAAUGAGCUUCAAAUCCCGUGAAGACGAAGCUUAAUAACUCAAUGUUGUUUUCAGUUCCUUUUGUAGAAUUCAAGUUUGAUACUACACACACAACCUGUUUGAUAAAUUUCCUCAGAAACCAUGCCUUUCUUGAUUCCCCCAGUUCGGCACCGCUUUUUGACGCAAAUUAUCAAUAUCCAAAAACCCAAAAAUAUUUUACACUCUCUAUAUUCAUCAUCGACAACAUCACCGGAAGUGGAGGAGCUCUGUAAGGUUGUUUCGAGCUCCAUUGGUGGUUUGGAUGACCUGGAAUCGAGUUUAAACGGGCUUAGGCUUUCUUUAUCAUCUUCACUUGUUAACGAGGUUAUAAAGCAUUGCGAAAAUGUAGCUCCCAGUAGAAGGUUGUUGAGAUUUUUCUUGUGGUCAGUUAAGAAUUUUAGUUUGGAAGAUAAGGACUUCAACCAUGCGGUUCGAGUGUUUGCAAAGAAGAAGGAUCAUACGGCUAUGGAGAUAUUGGUUUCGGAUCUCAGGAAUGAGGGGCGACCAAUGGAGAGCCAGACUUUCAGUGUUGUGGCUGAUAUGUUGGUUAAAUUAGGGAGAGAAGAUGAAGCGUUGGGUAUUUUUAAGAACUUGGAAAAGUUCAAUUGUACCCGAGACAGUUUCAGUGUGACUGCCAUUGUUAAUGCUUUAUGUGCUAAAGGCCAUGCGAAGAAAGCUGAAGGUGUAGUUUAUCAUCACAAAGACAAGAUUGCUGGUGUCGAGCCUUGUAUAUAUAGGAGUCUCCUUUUUGGUUGGUGCGUUCAAGAGAAUGUAAAGGAAGCUCGCAGAGUUAUCAAGGAGAUGAAAUCAGCCGGCAUUGAGCUCGAUUCGUAUUGCUACAACACGUUCAUUAGGUGCCUUUGUGGCGCGAACGUUAAACGCAACCCUUCUGGCCUUGUUCCCGAAACACUGAACGUGAUGAUGGAAAUGAGAUCCCAUAGAAUCGCCCCAACAUCAGUCAGUUACAACAUAUUGCUUUCUUCCUUGGGGAAGACAAGAAGAGUGAAAGAAUCAUGUCGGAUUCUAGACUUGAUGCAGAAAACCGGUUGUGCUCCCGAUUGGAUCACCUAUUAUCUCGUGGUUAGAGUCUUGUACUUGACUGGAAGAUUCGGCAAGGGUAACAUGAUAGUCGAUGAGAUGAUUGAAUCAGGGUUGACCCCUGAUUGUAAUUUCUACUACGAUCUCAUUGGUGUUCUUUGCGGAGUCGAGAGAGUGAAUUUUGCAGUCGAGUUGUUCGAGAAGAUGAAGAGGAGUUCGCUGGGCGGACACGGACCAGUUUAUGACGUGCUUAUACCGAAACUAUGCAGGGGAGGCGAGUUCGAAAAGGGUCGAGAGCUAUGGGAUGAGGCCGUUGCUUCUGGUGUUGGUGUUACAUUCUCGAGUGAUGUUUUGCACCCUUCGGUCACUGAAGUUUUCAAGCCAACAAGGGAGGUGAAGGAGUUUAAUCUUAAGGAGUGUAAAAUGGCUAAGAAUUCAGUGAAUAUGAAGCAGAAUAAUUUCAAGGGAAAGAAGGGUAAGAAAAUAAAAUCUAAUAAGAAGAAAUAUGUUUCUAAAUAAAUGGUCUAGGUUAACGUCUUUGCUCAUUUUUAAUUUGUUUU